GUCAGCGUGCUCGACCACUCGCCGGCUCAGUUGUCGGGCCUCCGGUCGGACGACAGACUCAUCGAAGUGGAUCGCACUUGCGUCGUCCUCUUGACAGACGCGCAGAUCGUCGGCCUCCUCCGUCGCCAGUUGUCGCAGCGGCCGAGCCGGUCCGUGCGGCUCGGCGUCAUGCCGCAGCGCGUCUACGACGCUCUGCACGCGGUGCAACAGCACUUCGCCGUCUGCCCCAACAAAGGCUUCCACUUGCAGGCGUGGGCCAAAAAUGACAUGCUCGGAGUCCGGUAG